AUGGCGGAAUUGGUCUCUUUUACGGUUCCCACGGAGAGUGACAAAACCUUGCUGGUGUGGGAGCUGAGUUCUGGACCCAGGGCCGAGGCCUUGCAUCAUUCUCUGUUCGCAGUAUUCUCCCAGUUUGGCCUUCUGUAUUCGGUCUGAGUCUUCCCAAACGCUGCAGUGGCCCGUCCUGGUUUCUACGCCAUCAUCAAGUUUUACUCAGCAAGGGAUGCUCACAGAGCCCAAAAGGCAUGCGACCAGAAGCAGCUUUUUCAGAAUUCUCCAGUGAAGGUUCGUCUUGGCACCAAACAUAAGGCGGUUCAACAUCAGGCCCUUGCCCUAAACAGCUCCCAGUGCCAAGAACUGGCAAAUUAUUACUUUGGUUUCAAUGGAUGGUCAAAAAGGAUCAUCAAGCUUCAGGAUCUUUCUGACCUUGAAGAAAGGGCAAAUGAAGAUACUGUGCCACCACUUCAGAAGCAGAGCCUGAAAUUCUUCUGUGCUUUAGAGGUGGUGUUGCCAUCCUAUGAGUGCCGGAGUCCCGGAGCUGGCAUGGCCGAGGAGACUUUGGAUGACCUGGAGGAAGGGCCAUUAUCAUUUCUUAUGAAAAGGAGGACAACCCAGAAGCUUGCUAUUCAGAAGGCUGUGUCAGAUGCAUUCCAGAAGCUGUUGAUUGUGAUUUUAGAAAGUGGUAAAAUAGCUGUGGAAUACAGACCCUGUGAAGAGAUCACAGAUGCCAGUACUGAAGACGAGCUGCAGGAUUUAAUUCAAGUCAGCUACUUUUCUUGGAAGCAGUAUGGCCAGGGGGAGGAAGAACGUCUCUCGGAUUUAAGCUUUGAAGAGCAAGAGUUCAAAUUGCUAGAGCUGGACUAGCAUUUUUUAAUUUCCCAGGAUGCCAG